AUGAACUCUAUCAAACAGGCUAUUGUCGAACUUGAGAGCAAAUUGAAUAUCCAGUUGAAGUCUGAACAGAAACGCGGAAUUGCGUCACUGUAUCGGGGUGAAGAUGCGUUGAUUAUUCUACCGACUGGCUUUGGGAAAUCACUGAUUUAUUCGCUGGCGCCAAAAGCAUUCAACAUUUGUUCAGAAAAUUCUGGCUCGAUAAUAUUGGUUAUUUCCCCUUUAAUAUCUCUGAUGGUAGACCAAGUUAAGCGAUGUUUAAAGUACGGGAUUUCUGCUGCUCUGAUAGGAUCGGCACAGCACGAUCACCACGUCGCCCGGCAAGUAAGAGACGGUGAAUGCCAGGUUGUUUUCGCUUCGCCGGAGGCGAUUCUGAGUCGGUCGUGGAGAAAAGUGUUGAUUAGUGACGUUUAUCAAAGAAAUCUUAUAGGAAUCGCUAUUGACGAAGCCCACUGUGUCGAUUUAUGGGGAAAUGAUUUUAGAAGAGAUUUCAUGAACCUGAAGGAGCUGAGGUCUUUGGUGCCACCAUAUGUACCAAUGACUGCACUCACGGCAACAGCCACAUCCAGAUGCAGACAGGCCAUUAUUAAUAGUCUUGGUCUUUCACCAACACUGGAGAUAAUAGAAGCCACACCAAAUAGACCAAAUAUAUUCUACAGUACCAUACAGUCUGAUGAUGUUAUGCAGUCACUGAGGUGGUUGGUAGAGGAGUUGCAAGAGAAAGGAAGGGAUUGCAGAAAG